GUUACGUGUAUAAUUUGAAUCGUAAAUCAUUUAAUUACCGAUCGUAUUAAUUUUACUUCUGAGAUUCGUAUCUCCAAGGUUGUAAUAACGGAUGUAAUUAAUGUCUGUUUAUAAAUUUCAGCAAGUAAUACAGCAAGUAAUUUAUUCUUUUGAGAAAUCGUUUAACAAUCCGUUCGACACUCGUAUUCGCGAUAGAAGUAUAAUAAUACUUUACCCAUCUUUUUUCUUUUUUUGCUAUUUAAUCGCAUCUCUUUAAUACGGAGUUCAAUGAGAAACGCAAGGCCAUCGUGACACGAUUGAACGCUCCCCUACUACGGUAACCCAGUUUUAUGGAACUUGCAGAAGAAAUUAUAUCUCGUUACAUAUUCCUCGUUCCUUCUCAAUUCCAUUCCUGUCGUUACCGUUUAAUUACGAUGUCUCUCUUUUUGUUUUUCGUAUUUCCGCUUAAUGAGUAUUACGUGGCAAAAUUUCUCCUUCGUGUCGAACUUGAUCCACUUUUUAUUGAAACUAAUUAAGAUUUCUUUUUGCUCGCUUGAAAUUUCAUCUCUUUUUAAGCAACCGCUAUACCGUUAUAAGCUUCGUCUCUCCUUCUAUUUCUUAAUUUCCUUCAGCCAACGAAUAGACGGACAAACUGUGUUACUUUCAGUUGACAAAAUAUAGUUAAAACGGACAAACGUGAUAAACCUCAUCGCCAUCCAUAGACCGAAUAUACCAAUGUGUUUAGAGGCUGAAGUUCGUUCAACUAAUAACGAAGCAUCUUAUGCAAUCACAAGGAACACGGGAGCUGAAAGUAUAAAAAAUGCGAAAGCAUCUACAAAGACUUCCGCGUUUCCAUGAAUAUUCAUUAAUCAACGGCGAUCAUCAAUUCUCCGCACGAAAAAUUUACAUACUUGGAUCUUCCAUCGACCUUGCAGAGAAAUUUCGAAAUUGUGAAAAAGGAACGUAUAAACCGCAACAUUUAACUUGUCGACUCGUUGUUAUCGUUACACGACAAAUUAUUACGCAAGGGGACCAAGUUGUUUUCUUGAAACUUACAAUCAUACGAUGUAUAGCCAUAGAAUUUGCAGAAUUUCGAAGGAAUCCACGAGACGAUAAGGACGAACAAAUCGUUUCGAUUUUGCCUGUUGAAUGUGCCCGGGUUUACAAGCUCGCUCGAACGUCGAACGAAUCGACAUGAUCGGCGACGGGUUGGCGUCGAUACGCGGAAAGAACGAGACGCCUGUGCAUAGUGUGCACGCGGCUGCUAUGCAAAUAUGUUACAAAUAGUACCGGGAACAGCGUAUUUGAAAUGCCAGCCGGUAUCUGGGCUCGUGGAUCGGUUUUGACUGAAUACCUCAUUAGAGCGGGACACCGGUUCUCGGUAAAACGUCGUUAGGCGUAUCCUACGUUCGGUUCGUUGGCGGACUUCGCUUUCCCUCCGUUGAAAUUCCGUCACGGCCGUUUUUGCCAUGCUGCCGUUUAAGGUAAAUAAAUUAAGCACGGUUGUCCGAUCGUGUAAAAACGCGCCGAGUUCGUUUCUUCGUAUUAUCCUUGCCGCUAUAACGGCUACAUAAUGGAUUGGUCACGAAUUUUUAACGCCAAAAGUAAACCAUUUGUUGGACGCUAUUGAAGCUUAAAGUUGUUGAUUUUAGUAAUUAUUAGGUUACGUGAAAUAAUUGAUGGAAACGAUCGAAUAUCAAUUCGACAAUGGAAUAUCCUUUCGCCUUUGCGAAGAAAAACAGACACGGAUAAGGGUAAUUUUCGUUGGAAACUCGUUAUCUAUCGUGGUGGAAGAUAUUUCGUUUUUAUCUGCACCUUAAAAAUGGUAGAACCGAACGUGAUAUUCGAGCAAUCUCAUCGAAGACUUUACGGCGCACCGGUAAAGCUAUUUGAACCAUAAUGGUUUUCUGUUUCGUUCGAAUAGGGAAACGAUCGUAAAACCGUCCCGUUUGCAUGGCAUUCGUGUAUAUCUUCAUUUUCAUUCGUUUCCAUUGGAAGUUCAAUCGCGAUUUCAGUCGUAUCGAGAAGGUUUUCACGGUGAUACUUAAAGGCGCCUAACGAUACCGAACAUGGUUGUAAAUAAAUAUUGCGAUUAUAACGAACGCGUCCCAGGGUAUUGCUCCUUUUGGUUACAAUAGCGAGCUGAUAGCCCUUUUCUUGCCGAUGGAGCGAGAAGAACCGGUUUGCGUACGCGUCGACAACCUUGGGAGUAGAACAAUCGAAAUUACUUGCAGCCUGCCAUUAACGUCUCGCGAACAGAUCAAUUUUUUCUUAAUCCAAUAUUUUUGCCACUCUAAAAGACUCGUUAUUUCCUUAUGUUCGUAGGUAAUAACAAUUUACGUUAGGUUUAACCUACGGCGCUGCGCAGAAGGUUCUGGUCGGUUAGGUCGUUCGCUUCGCAGUCGAAAGAAUUUUCGCUCGUACUGGCUAUAAGGACGUGAAAGAUAAGCGAAAAUACAAUAUUUAACUACGUAAUAUUAAUAAGAUUCUCUUAAAUAUCGUUUCUUGCCAGUUCUUCUACGUAAACUGAUAAGAUCCAUCUGUCUAUCGACACGAACGAAAUCGAACAGCGUCUAAAAUUAAAAAACCUAACUCCUAUCAAGUCCUAUCGAUUGCCUACGAUCUAACGAUAUUAAUCGAACGUCAAGACUCACAAGGCCCGGGAACCGUUCGUAAUUUCUACCACCCUCGCCGUCUUCUAUGCGAUUGAAACUAAACACGCAGCCGUAGCACGUGUUCCACCAAAAAGCGCGAUUCUCCAAACAACGCUGACCGCGAGAAUACACGGCGUCCCGGAGAAUUCAAUUUCACGAACAAUUCGAAACAUUCAGAAAAUCACGGGUGGAACACGCUCGAAACAACUUGGCUUGUUUCUUGCCAGCGGCUCGGUUGAUCCCGUGGUCGUGGAUCGGCGUCAAGUUGAUUUCUCAGUCGUAGCCUGGCCAGUCGAGGAUGAGCAUUUAAUUGAACGCUUUGUUCUCGAUGGUUUUUGCCGCUGUAGCCUCCGUCUGAUUGGUCCACCCUGAUCACGGAAGGAAUGUUCUCCUCGUUCGAGUUUCUGUCUUGGUAGACGGAUAACGCAGGGGAGACAUUCUUAUCUCGCGGGAUCUCUAAUUAAAAGAUUUCUCAUUGCCGCCUUCGCCUUCGGGUAGACAACGAGAAACGGGGCGUUCGAUCGUCGGGAUGCCGACGACGGAUGCCGAUGCCAGCCGUUAAUCGACGCCGAUUCCGGUUAAUCGGUAAUUAGCGAUGCGGAUGCGGUAUCCAAUCGCUGCUCGAAUGAUCGAAAACGAUGGAUCGUUGCUUGUUCAGUUGGAAUAGACGAGGGUGCUUCCCAUCCGCGAUUCGACAUUGUUAAUUGAAAUCUGAUAGAGAUUGACUGGUAGCUUCGUCUGCAUCGGUAAUUUUGUCGUUUGCGAUUUCACCGCCUGGUUUAACUCUUCGCAUUCGAUAUUUUAUACCAUGUAAUCAGCGUCGAAUAUUCUGAACGCAGAUACUAAGUUCUAUAGCUUGACGGUAUAUAGAAGAAUAAUCUGAAAUAAUAAGAAAAAAUCCAGUUUGAAAUAUUACGUAACUUUUAAUAAAGAACGCUAGUCAAAGAAGAGGUAGCAAACGAUGGCUAAACGUACGUCGUUAAAGUCUUGCAUUGAGAGAAAUCGCCACUGGAUUUCACCGUUUCAAAGGAACCUCUCGAAGUAAAGUUAAGAUAAAUUGAAGGUUCAGCUUGUAAAUUUCAUACUUAGCUCUUUUAUUGCGAUAUCAGAAUCCUAAGGGGCAACUCGUUUGCAACCGAAAUGAUCGCGCAUUUCGCGCGCAUUCUUCGCUUUAUUCGACCACUUGGCAAAUUAAUUACGACCUGGUCGGGCAACAGGGCGGUAUUAUCUAAAUCAUAAUUUGCCACCAUCAUUGAUACGACGUCAAUUAAUAACAUUACCGCGUUUAAUCAUUUCACGAGUUAUGACCAAAAGAAACACGCUUCGUUCCCGUUUUGCAUAUUCCACGGUGUUCGGAGUAUUUUAAUUAGCGUAAUGGAUGGCUGACGAUUUCUUUCGGGUACGCGGUGUUUUACCUGUGGAAACAGGGUCAGAGAUGCCGCGAACGAGGGCCGAGGUCCUGUUGGAUAUGUACGGACACGCAGAAGGAGGGAUUUCUCGUGCGUACGUGAUAUGCGUGGCUGGAAUGGCAGAAAAGUUACGCGAGGCGGCCGCACGUGGCGACGUAGCGCGAGUUGCGCGACUCCUCGACGAAGAUAUUAAACCACUGCCGGACGAAAAUGGCAGAAGUCCUCUUUUAUUGGCUGCGGCAGGCGGCCACGUGGAUGUCUGCGAAACGUUACUUCUUCGUGAAAUCGACGUCAACGCUGCGGACAACGAAGGUAAUCCUCGGGCGAAUUGCUCUUUCUUUCGGCUGAAACAUCUAUGCGAGCUACGUAUACGAGGGCAGGAUCAAAGAUUACUUUGAAGAUUACCGAGCCGAUUUUCAACGUUCGCUUUUCAACCUGAGUCUCUGCUUUUUAAAAGCGGAUGCUUCUAGGCGCUAGAAUCUCCAAGGUUACUUGACACGUUCCCCGUGCAAUGGGAAACAAACGGUCAAAGCGAUGUCCGAAGAAUUUUUCCGAUUAAAAAGUGACUGUCGUCUGAAUGACUGUACUUACUGGUGUCACGGCAUUGCAGAGGACUGCUACCGAGGGCCAUUUGGAGGUAGUGGAAUUAUUGCUGAAACACGGCGGCGACGUUGCUCGUCAGGAUAACGUGCAUGGAAAUUCAGCGUUGCACGAGGCGUCGUGGCGCGGAUACAGCAGGACGGUUGCCGCCCUGGCGAAGGCCCUUGGCACCCAACGAGCACCUCUACACGCGAGAAAUCUGGCUGGAUUCGCGCCGCUCCACCUCGCCUGCCAAAAUGGCCACAACCAAAGCUGCCGCGAACUCCUGCUGGCCGGAUGCAAUCCCGACCUUCAAAACAACUACGGAGACACACCGUUGCAUACGUCUGCCAGGUACGGACACGCAGGAGUGACGAGGAUUUUGAUCUCUGCGCUUUGUCGAGUAUCGGAUCAGAAUAAAAACGGCGACACGGCGUUGCACAUCGCGGCGGCCAUGGGACGUCGGAAGCUGACGAGGAUCCUGCUGGAGGCUGGCUGCGACCGUAGCCUGCGGAACAAGCAGGGGGAGACCGCGAAGGACAUCGCCAGGCGCAAGAACCUGCAAGAGAUAUUGGAGAUAAUCGGUAAAGCGCGAAGCAAGAGCAGAACGCGGAGCAAGAGUCGCGAGGAGGAGAGUACUCCGGCUACUCUGGACAAGGUCGACGGGAAGAGCAGCAGCAAGAACGAGAAGAAACGAGAGAAGACCGGUAGUGGGACCAGCGGCAGCAGGGAUAGUUGCACGAAGAAGGAGAAAAAGAAGCACAAAUCGUCCGCCAAGCAGAACAAGGUGCACUUCGAGAAGGCCGUGAUGGGCAGACAGUGGUCACCGUACGGUUGCCACUACUAUCCCGAUCCGGAAGCGUUUCCUCAGCCGCGUUUGGAUUCCCUGCCACCGGAUCCACUAGGCCGUGGCGAACAGUACUAUUUGGACCUGGCUGGAAACAUCAGGAAGGGCCCGGUGGGAGUGGGAUACACGUGCUACUGUGCCCCGUUCUUCAGGCACAUGGAGGCCAAGUUGGAGAGGGACAAGGCUGAGUUGAAGGCUCAUAUAGAUCAGGCGCACGAGAGAUUGGACUUGAAGGUGGCCAAUUUAGAGAGGAGGACCAGGGGGCAAAUCUCGGAAUUGACUAGAUGCGUGGCGGCGGAAAGGUCUAGGUGCGACGAGAGGCACAUGCAUCUUCAGCAACGUCUUUCCAGAGGUGGGAAGGGAAGACACAGCGAAAGACCGGCUAAAGCCACGUUCAACAACGAUCAACAGUUCCCACCUGCUCGUGCCAGGUCUCUGGAGGAUCUGCUGGACGACAGACCUCACGAUAGAAGCUUCGAGAUCCCCGGAGAGACACCGAUUCAUCGAGGUAGCCUCGACGAUCUUGAUAUUCCUGCUAUACCGCGACUCAGCAAGUCCAUGAGGGACCUACCGUCCGGUUCUGGUGUCUCGAGGUCAACGCUGAGGGUACUCGACGUGCCUGCCAGAUUGAACGAAACCUUCGACGGCGUGAUCAAACAGGAUCGUAGCUCGCCGCUAGGCGCCGCCUCUUCGCCGUCGAUCGGAUCCAGGCAACAGGUCCAUCAGCAACGCCAGGAUCUUUCAUCUCGAGAUCAUGGCAUAAAUUCGUGCCAGGACGAAAGUAGCGCGACGCGAAAGAACGAGGACACGUCGAACGAGUGGAAAUCUUCAGGGCGACGCAGCGUGCACGAGAUGAUUAAGCGAUUUCAACAAGUACCUGGCAUGCAUAACGGUUGGAGGGGCCCGCGUUCCGGAAGCAGCGAACCCACCAGUCCAGAGCACAGUCAGUGUUCUCAAAAUCAAAGAGUCCAACCACAAGGUGGUGUAGGGAACAGCUGGCGUGGCGAAGGCAAUGACAGCGAGAGUAGCGAGGGGGACGAGGACGAGCAACCGGAAGCAUUAAGCGGCGGAAUUUCUGGGAAAGGAGUGAUAUCAGAGCACGUGCAUUACGACAGUAUCGCCAGAAUGCCAUAUAGGUCCCGUAAUGCGGUUUAUAGCCCAACACCGCCUUUGCAUGACGCACAUAAUGAUUCUGGAUAUAGCACUCGCAUGUAUGGUUCUAGCAAAGGUGCUUCACCUUCGUUAUCAGGUCAAUUAGAGUGCGAUGUAAUUCUUCCGACCACACCAAACGCAUUCUCCAGUGGAGAACAACUGGCUGCGCUGUUAGAACAACCGAGGAACCAUGAUCUUACGGUCUACGAGCGCGGUGCCGAUAAUUGCGUUAUUAAUAUCGGAACAGCCAGUCUUGUUUAACAUGUAUCAAUUCGGUCAACGUAUUAUUUGGAAACGAAUUCUGUACUUCCAAAGACAUCGAUAUUUUGAUAUAAGUUGAUGAUACCUACUCAGGUGUUAAUAUAAUUUUUUUCUUUUUUAAAUACGUGUAAAUUUAAAUUGGUUAUUUUGUUAAUAGAUUCUUUUGUACAAAAUGAUUCUUGUUUCAAAGAAUAGAAUAUUGUCGUUAUGUAAAUAAUUUAUAAACGUACUUUGAACGGUAACGUGUUGAAACUUACCGAAUCUCCGUCUAGAUUUAUCGUCGCAAAUCGAACGUAUUUAUUGUCGCGAAAAGUUUUAUCAAGUGCUGCUGAAACUAUGAAAAGAUUAGAGAAAAUAAAGUAUUAAAGAAUUCUCUACAAACGGAGUAGAAUAAGCAUAGGUAAUUCUUUUUUUUAAUCAGUAUGUAACGUUCUGUUAAAAAUUAUUAAUAUCAUCCUCGUAAGAGGAAAGAUUACGUAC